AUUGCGGAUCGAUGCACACAAACAAAGCAAGCAACAGUGUUAGUUACAACCAUGUCCAAAAAUAUAUACCUCGAUCCACCUCCUCCCACACCCCACCCUCUCACUUCGUCCUCAGCUGCACCAACCCGAGCCGAGCCACCCACUCAAGAACCAACCAUCGCAGCUGCCUGAGCUUUUGAUGAGCAGUUGAGCUAGCUUAGGUACAGGGUACGGUCACGGAGUAAGCUGCUAGCCAGUGGUUGUAUCUCUUCGAGCCUUCGCCAUGGGCAACUGCAUCCAGCAGGGCGGCAGCAGCGCCUUCGCCGGAGAAGGCAGCCCGGCGGAGAGGAGCGGCAGGAGAUCAAGGACCUCCGGCGGGGAUGGGGAAGAGGACCACGGGGCGUCGGCGGCGGCGCCGUCGUCGGUGGUGAAGGUGAAGGUGGUGAUGAACAAGGGCGAGCUGGGGUGGCUCGUGGCGCGGCUCAAGGCCGGCGACGGCUGCCUCGAGGACGUGCUCCGCGAGGUGGCGCGCAAGCGCGAGGGCCGGGGCGCCGGCGGCGACGGGUGGCGGCCCAGCCUCGAGAGCAUCGUCGAGUGCCCGGCCGAGACGGCGGAGGAGGCGGCCGCCGGCGCCGACGACUAGCUAGAAGCCGCAGCCGUCAAGAGUAUUUCUUUUCUCCUUUCGCGUGGAUUAUAUUAUCUCCUCCCAGAGCCUCUGGUUUGAGUCGGUGGUGGAAAAAAACAACUGCAGGAUAGACCAAGUUCAUUGCUGAAGAGUGAUUACAUUAACUAGCAGCCGUGCAUUAGGGGUAAUCUAAGUAAUUAGCGUACGUCCAAGCUGCCUAGUUCAUAAUUAAGUCGUGUUAGCAUUUGCAGCUUUUGUUUUUCUUUUCUACGCUUUUGUAUAUAAAUAUAGCUAGUAUUAGCCCAUUAGGGUCUAGGGACGAGACACAACCACGGGCCGGCAGGCAUGCCGAUGAAGCAUGUUUAUGCUAGGUACUCGAUCUAUGAAUGGUACGAGUAUUUUGUCA